ACUUUUUUCCCCGUCCUGCUCCCCGCACUCGCCUUCCUCCCGCGCGUCGCGCCGCGCAAGCUCCGACCCUGGAAGCUGCUGCUCUGCCUCGAUGAUGACCCGACGAGGCACCGACGGAAAUAUGGCGUAGGGCGGGGCACGUAGGCUCUUCGUCCUGCCCGGCCACCCCAAUCGGCUCGGCGGCGCCCACCAAGCUCCCCAACCCCAACCCGCGGCGGCGUGCGGUGGCACAGCGCGGCCUGUCGCGAUGACGCGCUCCUACCGGGCAGCCACGGCGGCGGCGGCGCUUCUUCUGGCCCCGCUGCUGCUGCUGCUGCCGCCGCCGCAUUGGGCCGCCGCCGCCAUGGACGCCGAGCGGCGGGCGCUGCUGGACUUCAAGGCCGCCAUCACCGCGGACCCGACCGGGGUGCUCGCGACGUGGACGCCGUCGGGGGACCCCUGCGCCUUCGUCGGGGUCACCUGCGGCCCGUCAUCCGGCGCCGUGCAGCGCCUGCGCAUACACGGCGCGGGCCUCGCGGGUGCGCUCGCGCCCUCCCUCGCGCGCCUCCCCGCGCUCGAGACCAUCUCGCUCUUCGGCAACCGCCUCGAGGGCGGCGUCCCGCCCAGCCUCCGCGCCCUCGCGCCCACGCUCCGCAAGCUCAACCUCAGCCGGAACGCGCUGGCCGGCGAGAUCCCGCCCUUCCUCGGCGCAUUCCCAUGGCUCCGCCUGCUCGACCUCUCCUACAACGCCUUCGCCGGCGAGAUCCCCGCCGCGCUCUUCGACCCCUGCCUCCGCCUCCGCUACGUCUCGCUCGCGCACAACAACCUCACCGGCCCCGUACCGCCCGGCAUUGCCAAAUGCUCGCGGCUCGCCGGGUUCGACUUCUCCUACAACCGCCUCUCCGGCGAGCUCCCGGACCAAGUCUGCGCGCCGCCGGAGAUGAACUACAUCUCCGUCCGAAGCAACUCGCUCUCCGGCGAUUUACCCGCCAAGCUCACCUCCUGCAGCAGCAUUGAGCUCUUCGACGUCGGGAGCAACCGCUUCUCCGGAGCUGCGCCCUUUGCCCUCCUCGGCACGGUAAACAUCACCUACUUCAACGUCUCCUCCAACGCCUUCGAUGGCGAAAUUCCCAGCAUUACAACUUGCGGCAGCAAAUUCUCCUACUUCGACGCGUCGGGCAACCAGCUCACGGGGCCGGUGCCCGAGAGCGUGGUCAAUUGCCGCAACCUCAGGGUUUUGGAUUUGGGGGCGAAUGCUCUUGCUGGAGUUGUACCACCUGUGAUUGGGACACUGCGGUCACUCUCCGUGCUCCGGCUCGCCGGCAACGCCGGUAUUUCCGGUUCAAUCCCAGCUGAGCUUGGGGGGAUUGAGAUGCUUGUCACACUGGACCUCGCGGGCCUUGCUCUCACAGGAGAGAUUCCAGGGUCCCUCGGCCAGUGUCAGUUCUUGCUUCAGCUGAAUCUUUCUGGCAACAAACUGCAAGGAGCGCUGAGUUAGGCACUGAUAUACGUAGCAGCUCCCAAAUGCACUGAUGAGUGAUGAGUUAGGCAGACAGCUAAAAGAAUCAAAUCACCAGCUCAGGUUACAACUGGGUGUAGAAGAUAACUCCUACUUAUGCAUAGGAAAUCAAGGGCAUACUCUCCUGCCAUCAGUUACUGAUAUUGUUGAUAUCGGAGACCUGCCAAAACCUAGAAACAGCAGCAAUUAGGCAUCAGGACAGAAGAUACUUAUGGAACAACCACAACAAAUCAUUAAUAAAUAGAUCCUUCAUGUUCUAAGGCAUUGUAUUCGACAAAUGGUUAUGUUGACAAUAAUUUUUAGGACACUGGUGGCACUAAUAGUGAAUUUACUUUUCCUUUA